AGGAACGUCUCGUCCUUCUGAAGCCUGAGAGAUUGACUUCCAGGAUACGGCUCUCACUCUUUGGACGCUUUCUUUUCGGAACUUGGGACAAAGGUGACGUUUAUUGAGGGUGAAAGGAUGCUGGGCCUCUUUGGAUGCUUUUCUUGCCUUUUCUUGGCUUCUGUUGUACAUGCGGACGGCCGAGUGUUCGUGGUGGAGCUCAGCAAUUCCUCCAGCUUUCUGGGUUUCAGGGAGGCCGAGCGGGCGUGCGCCUCUCAGCAGGCCCGCUUGGCGUCAGCCGCCGAUCUCCGCCACGCCGUCAUGGAGUGCUUCUUCUCACUGUGCACCCGAGGGUGGCUGCACGGUGGCACCGUGGGGACCACUGUGUGUAAUUACGUAAGCGGUUCGCUGAAAGCCGUGGACAUCAGAACAGAAAACGCAACAAGCGACUCAACGCAGUUGAAUGGCUUCUGUAUCAAAGACAAAGGCGUGCCGUGCGGCGACCCUCCGUCUUUCCCCAACGCCCGCCUGCAGGGUCACAGCGGCUUCGAGUUGGGCGACGAGCUGCUGUACUCGUGCGUGCCGGGCUACGUCAUGCCCAACGGGCACAGCGCCUUCAGUCUGCUGUGCGAUAGCUGCGGGGAGUGGUACGGACUGGUGCAGAUGUGUGUCAAAGAUUCCACAGAAGGUCACAUGGACUACGAAGACAAGUUCACGUAUGCUGAAGAAGAGCACCACCAGAGCGAGGAUGACGGGCGCGUGGAGGCUCAUGGAGGACCCCAAUCAGAGGAACCUUGGGGUCAAGAGCUGCAAGACAUGAGCUUCAGCAUCAAAGAAAAGCAGCCAGAAGACCGCGGUCAGCAAGAAGUGGAAGAUGUAGACCAUACGGAGGAACAGGCCCUGGAGGACUCUGCGGGGCACCCCGGUUGGGACGAGGACAGACGUGAGGUAACGACAAUCCCCACAGAAGCACCCGUCUCUCUUCUUUCCCAGAAACAUCGCUUUUGGUUCCCGUCGGAGACCUUCCAGCAGCAGGAGGAACAUCUCGUGUCCGUGGAUCCAAUCACUCAAGAUCCACAGAGGCCCUCCGGGGGCCAAUCGGAGGAGAGCAAGGAGCAGGACGGGAGGACGCAUCACCAGGACCAAGACAGUGUCGAACACCAUGAAGAUGAAGACCACCACCAGGGUCAAAUAGAACAACACAUUACAGAUGAGGAACUGGAGGACCGGAGCCGCUACGAAGACCACCCUGAUGACCAUUACGAUAUGGGCGAGCAUGAGGAGGAACGCGUUCGUUACGAUAACCGGCACGAUAGCUUCGAGGAACAUGAGGACGACGUCACUCACGAUGGCGACGAUCAUCAAGAGCGUCCAGAUGGUUCUGAGGAGCGUCUAGACCGAGACGACCAUGAUGACAAUAAGGAGGACCAUUUGAGCCAUGUGGAUCACGAGGACCAUACAGACCAUGAAGAUCAGGACAUUCCUGAGGAUCAUAAUGACCACGAGGACCGUCAUGACCAGGAUGAUCAUGAUGACCACGAGGAAGAUCAUAGCGACCAUCAUGACCAUUUGGACCAUGUGGAUCACGUCCACCAUAAGGACCAUACAGACCAUUAUGAAGACACCAACGCCAACGACGACUUCGAUGAUGGAAGGAGAGAUGACAAUGACAGCUACGAAAACCACAACAGCAACGAAGACCAUCACGAUGACAACGGUCACCAACGUGUCGUCUUCUCCGUAACAAGCGAGCGAACGCAGAACAUCACCCAGGAGGAACCGGGACAGGCGGCCACCACUGAUGACUCCUGGCUGGACGGGCACCCGGUGGCAGUCAAUGAAGAUGUGGUGAGGGAGACGGUUGCCAAGGCGACCGACAACCCCAACGAGGUGGAAAAGAACAUGCCUGAAGAAUGGGAGACCCCCGCACCAGACAAUCACGCAUCAUCCUCAGAUUCAGCAUCCUCCCAGGAGUACGACACCCAGCAGGUGGUACCCACCCACUCCUGGCGGCUGGACCUCACCCAGCACCCCGUGUUGCAUCACGGCCCGGGGCGCGACGACGCCGUGGUGGAACACACGCUGCACGACCUUCCCGGCGAAACCGGUGAGAGGGGCAAAGUGGAGGGAGAAGCCGGGGAGACCAUUUGCGUCGGGGAGAGCUGCCCACCACCGGGUUCCGGUAGUCGGGGUCCCACCGUGGCGGCCGUCAUCGCGGCGGUGUGCUUGGUGGUGGCGGCCGCCGUGGUCACGGUGUGGUGUUACCGUCAGCGACAGCAGAAGAGCUCGGUGUACGAAAUGAACGGGAAGGGACAGAGCAGCCAGCAGAUGGAGAUGCAGCAGAAGGUCUAAGAAGGACGAAGGGAGGGACGGGGGCAGAGACAUUUGGGAGGAAGCCACCCCCUCGGGAGAAAAUGAGACGGACUGCGACAGAAAUAGAAAAACAAUGAUCCUCGGAAGUUGAGCACGGUCUGUUAGGUUUGGAUUUGGUAGAUCCUAUUAGUGUAGCUGGGAAAAAAUCCGUCAAUGGGAAAAAACACAAACACAUAAGUUUUCCCCGAGUUUGGAAUGUCACUGAUUCCACUGGAAGAGGGUACGCAAAUCUCCCAAAACAAGUAAACAAACAUUCCCUUCCUGUUAUGAAAUUCUUCAAAUUAUCAGGAUCUACCAUAUGUUCUAAAUUGUAACUUUUUUGUCUUAUUUUUUGUUUUCAAUGUUAGCUGCCUGGCUAACAAACGGGACUACAACCCUCACAAGUAUUUUCAAUACUAAAACAGCACCGUUGGAUAUACUUUGACAUAGUUAGCUUGCAUUAGCAUUAGCAAUUAACAGUAUAGAAUAUACCAAACACAACAAUCAAAGUAUAUAGCAGACAUAAUAUAGAAAAUAAGACGUUAAAGUGCCGAAUAACUGGAGUCUGAGGGCGGGGUGUCGAACUCGGAAUCGAACUUUAUUCUUUUACAGAACAACAACUCACACUACUUACUCCGUGAGACUUAACAUGACACUGAAUAACAACAACAACAACAACAGAGCCCCUUUCCCUCGCGCUCACCCCUCCGGGUGGCAAUUUCUCCCCCGUCAAUAGUUCCGGGGUGAAUUAUGUUCCGGCAAGUUAGCACUACAACAUUAUAGAGACCAUCAAAAUAGUUAUUUUGCCUUAUUUUGUUCCAUUAAAAAAACAAUUAUAAAAAAUUGCCGAUAUAGACUCACAAAAUUCGUUGUUGUUCAUUUGUUUCUUUAAUUCCGGGAUUUUUUGCGGUGGAUAUAACCACAUUCAUACCUACGGACAAUUUGGAGUUAUUAGCCAAUGAAGCUAACAUGAAACCGUAGUACCCAAGAACAAGCGGAGAAUCGAACCCAGGUAUGUGUGGCCUAUAUGCUAACCACUCUUUCACUGUGCGACCUAGUCAUCUUUAGACUCCUAUUACCCGGUGUUAAUAUAGUGGACAUAAUAAUAGAAACUAAGACAUGAUACAGACUCACAUAUGUUAGCAUUGGCAGAGUUCCUUCCUGUUGUUUUUUUUUUU